AUGAACAAGUUGCUUAACUCAACAAUUCUUUAGUUUAAUGUUAAAAAUUAAAAUCUUUAGUAUUAAAUCUUAAGUAAUCAAUUAACUUUAUUAUCAUAAAUUACUUAAUUAAUUUUUGCUAUGAAUCUAACAUGUAGUAAGGAAAAUAUUUCAAAUGAUUAGAUAAAUUAAUUAUUUACUAAAUAUCCCUGCUUAAAGGAAUUUGUUGAAACUGGUAAUGGUGUGAGCAAUGAUUAAAUAUACUCUCAAAUUUUGUUUUUCCUAAAUACUUAUUACAAAGGAAAUCACGAUUGUCAAUAACUUAGAUUAAAUAAUAUUGAAGCUUAAGGAAAUAUACUAUUAGAAGAAACUAUGAGCAAUCUAAUUAAUCUUAACAUUUUAUAGCUAAAUUUAGACGGAAAUUAAUUAGGAGAUGAAGAUGCAGUUUGCAUUAGCUAGGUAUUACGUAACUGUAAAUCACUUAAUAACUUAAAUCUGCAGCUUUGGAAAAAUAAAAUAGGUGAUAGAGGGAUAUCAAGUAUUGCAGAAGGUAUUAGUAAUUGUGCUAAACUCACAACUUUAACUUUAAAUGCAGUUUCAAAUUAAUUUGGAAAAGAAGGUGCAUUUUCUUUAAGUACGACAUUAAUUAAUUGUAAAAUGUUGACUCAUCUAGAUAUGAACCUCUCUAACAAUUAAAUUGGAGAAGAAGGAACAUCAGCUAUUUGUUAAGUACUAGGUAGCUGUUAAUUACUAGAGAAUUUAAAAUUUGAGUUAUGUAAUAAUCAAAUUGGGGAUAGAGGAGCAUAUUGUUUUGGAACAGCAUUAAGUAACUUACAGUUACUUUUUAAUUUAAAAUUGUGUCUUAGUGGAAAUUAAAUUGGAGAUUAUGGAGCAUAAAAUAUUGGAUUAGGCUUAAGAAAAUGCACUCAACUUACUAAUUUAAUAUUUGAUAUAAGCUAAAAUUAAAUUGGGGGUGAUGGAACUUCUACUAUUGGAACAGUACUUACUAACUGCAAAUUCCUAACUAAUCUCAAAUUUUACAUUUAGGGCAAUAAAAUUGGUGAUAAAGGAGCAAUAAAUAUUGGAUUAGGUUUGAGUAACUGCUCACAACUUACAAAUUUAGAAUUUAUUAUAAACUAAAAUUAAAUUGGGGGUGAGGGAACUUCUACUAUUGGAACAGCAUUUGGUAACUGCAAAUCCCUUAUUAAUCUCAAAUUUUACAUUUAGAACAAUUUUAUCUGUGAUAAGGGAGCAUAAAAUAUUGGAUUAGGUUUGAGUAACUGCACUCAACUUACAAAUUUAGAAUUUGACAUAAGCUACAAUUAAAUUGGGGAUAAUGGAGCUUCUACUAUUGGUACAGCACUUGGUAACUGCAAAUUCCUAACUUAUCUCAAAUUUUAUAUUUAUGGCAAUCAUAUUGGUGAUAAAGGAGCAUAAAAUAUUGGAUUAGGUUUGAGUAACUGCACUCAACUUAAAAAUUUAGAAUUUGACAUAAGCUAAAAUAAAAUUGGGGAUGAUGGAGCUUCUACUAUUGGUACAGCACUUGGCAACUGCAAAUUCCUAACUAAUCUCAAAUUUUACAUUAAGGGCAAUAAAAUCGGUAUUAAAGGGGCAUAAAAUAUUGGAUUAGGUUUGAGUAACUGCACUCAACUUACAAAUUUAGAAUUUGAUAUAAGCAUAAAUUUUAUUUAUGAUGAUGGAGCUUCUACUAUUGGUACAGCACUUGGUAAAUGCAAAUUCCUAACUUAUCUCAAAUUUUACAUUUAGGGCAAUUUUAUCGGUGAUAAAGGAGCAUAAAAUAUUGGAUUAGGUUUGAGUAAGUGCACUCAACUUGCAAAUUUAGAAUUUGACAUAAGCUAAAAUUUAAUUGGGGAUGAUGGAACUUCUAAUAUUAUUAAAGCACUUGGUAACUGCAAAUUCUUAACUAAUCUCAAAUUUUACAUCUAGAGCAAUUAAAUCUGUAAUAAAGGAGCAUAAAAUAUUGGAUUAGUUUUGAGUAAGUGCACUCUACUUGCAAAUUUAUAAUUUAACAUAAGCUACAAUUUAAUUGGGGAUAAUGGAACUUCUAAUAUAGUUAAAGCACUUAGUAAAUGCAAAUUCCUAACUAAUCUCAAGUUUUACAUUUAGGGCAAUAAAAUCGGUGAUAAAGGAGCAUAAAAUAUUGGAUUAGGUUUGAGUAACUGCACUCAACUUACAAAUUUAGAAUUUGACAUAAGCUAAAAUUAAAUUGGGGAUGAUGGAGCUUCUACUAUUGGUACAGCACUUGGUAACUGGAAAUUCCUAACUAAUCUCAAAUUUUUCAUGAAGGGCAAUAAUAUAAGUGAUAAAGGAGCAUAAAAUAUUGGAUUAGGUUUGAGUAACUGCACUCAACUAACAAAUUUAGAAUUUGGGAUAAAUAAUAAUGAGAAGCUUCUAAAAUCCAGAGAAAUUGUCAACUGUAAAAAUAUAAAGCUAUUGAAGCUAUUUAUAAGUGAGUUACCUGAAUAAAGAAUAAUAGAAAUCAAAAGAUUAGCUUAAAAAGUAAAAAGAUUAGUAAUAUUAAAAAUAUAUUGA